AUGCAAAUACCAAUCACAUCAUUUUUUAAACCAAAACCAAAGACUGCGGAACAAGUGUCAUUAGCCCGCCAACUCCGUGAUGAGCAAAUUCGGCAGUAUGAACUUGAAAAGCAGAAACAACGUAAAGACGAUGCACAGAAAUACCAAAUAAUGAAAACUCGAAUGGAUGAAGAAGAAAUGCGACUUGACUCUUACGAGAAGACGGUGACCUUCCGCCGAAAUCGAGAAAAGUCCCAAAGACAGAAUGGGAUAGGGUGUCAAGUCACUCCAUUGUUAUAUCUUGGAAGUGUGGAGAGUAGUAACAAUCAAGGGUGGUUAGACCUUGAAGAGAUCAAAGUGAUCAUUAAUUGCACUCGAGAAUGUUCCAAUGAUGAGGAUGCAACCCGAGAAUAUUACAGACUCCCGAUAUCAAAAUCAAACGGUUCGAUCACACCAUAUGUCAAAGAAUUGAUGGCGAUAUUAGAAACGUCUUUCAGAAAGAAUGAGAAGGUUCUUGUACACUCUUUUGAUGGAAGAGACAGAGCACCAGCACUCAUUGCUGCUUAUUUCGUCCUCAAGAACAAAAUCAAUUUUCUUCAAGUCUCUGAGAUCUUCAAACAAAAGGUGUGGGAAGUUAAUAUUAAACUGUCUUUCAUCGGAGAAAUUAACACAUUUGCACGCUCGGUCGGCGCAUCUAAAGAACGCCCAAUCGCGUAUUCAGUGGCUUACAAUCCCAUUUCUAGGUUUGUCUAA